GAGCGCCCCGGCUGCAGCUCCUCAACGGAUCUUGUAGCUGGCGGCGCCGGGCCUAGGCACCUACAGGCCACCGUAGCUGGCACGGUAAACAGAAUCCUAUGAGGCCCACUUCUGGUGGUGCAGAACACCUGGGCUCCUCUGACCCCACGCCUCUCACUCCCUAGCAGCUGGCAACCUGUACUUCGAGCCUUAUCUAGUUGCUUUUGUGUGGACAGAGAUUUUCCCACCUAUCACAGCCAUGAACUUCCUCCGGAGGCGUCUGUCUGACAGCAGCUUUGUGGCCAACCUACCCAAUGGUUAUAUGUCAGACCUGCAGCGCCCAGAGACCUCCAGUAGCUCCCCAGCAUCCCCAGCCACAGAGAGGAGGCAUCCCCAGCCCCUGGCUGCCUCCUUCUCUUCUCCAGGAUCCAGCCUGUUCAGCUCCUUCUCCAGUGCCAUGAAACAGACACCACAAGCGCCCUCAGGGCUGAUGGAACCACCAACUCCUGUCACACCCAUGGUUCAGAAACCCAGGAUCUUAUUAGUGAUCGAUGAUGCCCACACAGACUGGUCAAAAUAUUUUCAUGGGAAGAAAGUGAAUGGCGACACUGAGAUCCGAGUGGAACAGGCUGAGUUUUCUGAGCUAAACCUGGCAGCUUAUGUCACCGGAGGCUGUAUGGUGGACAUGCAAGUUGUGAGAAAUGGCACCAAAAUUGUGCGGUCAUUCAAACCGGACUUCAUCCUGGUCCGACAACAUGCCUACAGCAUGGCUCUGGCUGAAGACUACCGCAGCCUGGUCAUCGGCCUCCAGUAUGGAGGGCUUCCUGCUGUCAACUCUCUAUACUCUGUAUACAACUUCUGCAGCAAGCCCUGGGUGUUCUCUCAGCUCAUUAAGAUCUUCCAUUCCUUGGGUCCUGAGAAGUUUCCACUAGUGGAGCAAACAUUUUUUCCCAACCACAAGCCAAUGCUCACAGCCCCACACUUCCCCGUGGUGAUCAAGCUGGGACAUGCCCAUGCUGGCAUGGGAAAGAUCAAAGUAGAAAACCAGCAUGACUACCAGGACAUCACCAGUGUGGUGGCCAUGGCCAAAACCUAUGCCACUACUGAGGCCUUUAUUGACUCCAAGUAUGACAUCCGCAUACAGAAGAUUGGAUCCAACUACAAGGCAUACAUGAGAACCUCCAUCUCUGGAAACUGGAAGGCCAAUACAGGUUCUGCCAUGCUGGAGCAGGUGGCCAUGACAGAAAGGUACAGGCUAUGGGUGGACAGCUGCUCAGAAAUGUUCGGCGGCCUAGACAUCUGUGCUGUCAAGGCUGUCCACAGCAAGGAUGGCAGAGAUUAUAUCAUCGAGGUCAUGGACAGUUCAAUGCCCCUGAUUGGAGAACACGUGGAAGAGGACAAGCAGUUAAUGGCUGACCUUGUUGUCUCCAAGAUGAGCCAACUCCUGGUGCCAGGGGGCACAGUACCUUCACCCCUGAGACCUUGGGGUCCACAGACUAAACCUGCAAAAUCUCCAGGACAAGGCCAGCUAGGACCUCAACUAGGACAGCCACAGCCAAGGCCACCUCCACAAGGGGCCCCUCGUCAGGCUCAGUCUCCUCAGCCUCCCAGAUCUAGAAGUCCAUCCCAACAGAGGCUUUCUCCACAAGGCCAGCAGCCUGUGAGCCCCCAGUCAGGAUCUCCACAACAGCAAAGGUCACCAGGCUCUCCACAGCUAUCCAGGGCAUCUGGUAGCAACUCUCCAAACCAGGCCUCCAAGCCAAGUGCCAGCCUCAGCUCUCAUCCCCGGCCACCUGUGCAGGGCCGCAGCACCUCCCAGCAGGGUGAGGAGCCCCAAAAACUAGCAUCACCUCACCCGCACCUCAACAAAUCUCAGUCCCUGACUAACAGCCUCAGCACAUCUGAUGCCUCCCAUCGAGGGACCCCAAGCGAAGAUGAGGCCAAGGCUGAGACCAUCCGCAACCUGAGGAAGUCUUUUGCCAGCCUCUUCUCUGACUAGCAACAGCCCAGGCUGGAGGGCAGGAGGGCGGGAAGACUCAAUGACUAGAGCCUUUCUCUGAUUCUUUCUUAGCCUUGCUUCCUGGUGGAAACAUGCUUCCUGACCCAGGAACUAGUGAUCUACAUGCAUUCCCGUCUCCUUUACCAUGACAUUCCAUUGCUGUCUGACUGAAUAGUAGCCUCGAGAGCCCUUAGGUUCCUCAACACAGGCCUUCUAGACAGACAAGGCACUACUACACCCACUAUAUGCUUGCUCCCCUGCCACUGGUACCAAGUGAGAUGUCUGUGUGGCUUGUUUUUGCAUUCUUACUUGUAUUUUUCUUGCCUUUAGGUGGAGGUCCCCUUCUAGGCCUUGACUUACCUCCAUCAAAUGCAUACAUUGUAGUCAGACCUCAGCAACACAAGAGGCAAUACUUUUUAAUGGUGUUUUUGUAAACAAAAAUAGGAAAGCCCAACCGGGAGCCUACUACUCAUCCAACAGCAAGCUGGUGCCACCCUUGCUGGGCACAGGCUGACAAAGGCCCCAUCACAGCUGGCCCUCAUAGACACCUUGAUGUCAAUAGAACAAAGCUAGAUCCUGUGCAACAAGUGGGGCUAGAAGAGAACAGAGGGAACCCACAUAAUGCCACCCCUGCCUAGAGCCAACAGCAGGAAUCCAGAAGAAAGAGCUUAUGUUCCCUGGGGAGAGCAUCAUAGGAGGACGGUGCCUCUCUGUCCUCACACUGACUUCACAGAGAAUCUGUUCUUUUUCCUUCUUAAAGGUGGAUAGAUAGCUCCCUGUCACAGGAUCAGAAGACACAGUGAUGAAUUCUGAUUCAGCAUUUUAUCUGCUCUGAAAAAGGAGUCAAGAACGCCACUUCAUUUACAGACAGUCUCCUUGUGGGACAGCCUUCAAAAACAGUGCACAUAUUUUUCUUCGGGAGACAAUGAAGCCUUUUGGAAUGUCUUCCAGAAAGUUUCACUCCAACCUUGUUUCAGCCUACCCAUGGUGACUAAGAUGGUUUGCUGCAUUGCUAGGCAAAAUGGUCCCAAUUCCCUUUCCAGUGCUCUUUCCCUUGUAUCAGACUGCCUCCUAGGUUCACAUCACCAAGCACCUGGUGCUAGAAACAUUGCAGGUGCCAGAAGCAGCCUCCUAAUCCCAGAAGACCCAGGACAUCAGAAUAGCCAUGUUUCUCUGCACAGCCCCCUUAGCUACCCAAGGUGUGCCUUCCCUGAACUAUGUGAGGGAAAGAGGAGUUAUUAACUGAAGCAGCUUCUGUUUCUGUUGAAGUUCUGCAGAUUACUUGGUGAUCAUCUGAGGCUUCCUCAGGUCUCCAGGUGCAGAGAAGCAGUCACUAUGUUUCUGGGGAGUUUGUUUUCUUAAAACAGUCUCACUCAUUCAGGCUGGCCUAGUACUUAUUGUGUAACCACACAAGUCUCAAAAGCUGAUUCUCCUGCUUUAUAAGCCUCCCAAGUGCUGAUAUUAUACUCAUGAAUCACCACACCCAACAAGCAUUCAUCACUUCUUGGUUCUCCCAGCCCAGACUGGAGUGGCAGAGACAGGGUAGAGAACCUCUCAUGCCUUGACUCGCUUAGAACCCUGCAUUUCUGCAGAAUGCACCUUCAAGCUAGUUUCCAGCAGGGAUCAACUCAGCAUAAAAAGUGGUAGCUCUGGCUGCAGAGAUCCAGUUUGUCCUCAGGGUCAUCCUCUUCCUUCUUGCCUUUUCUUUCCCUCAUGGGACAGUCAAUACUGAGAGCAAGUUCAUUAGAGUUAUUUCCAAAGCCCUAUUUGGCCUCUCUUUCCACAUCCUUAGUUUGGAAUGGUAGGUAGCAGCAGUGACAUAAGAUUGUAACAUCAGGUAGGUAGAGUGACCACCAAGGCCACAAUUUGGAACUGGAAAUGCAGAGUUUAGGCCAAAUAUGCUGUGCUGUGAAGUGAGUGAACUGCUGAAGGCCUAGUACCCCUCCCAGUAACAACAAAGCCCAAGCUCUUUUAUUCCUCUCUAAUUUUCAUGAAUUCAGUAUGUGCGGGACAGUCCCUGGGGUAUACCUACAUCUCCCUCAUUUUGAUCAGCUGCCCUUCUAGCACAGAAUGCAGCUGGCAAAAACUUCCAGAAUGUUUCUGAGGGCAAUAUGGUGAGACACACAGCAAAACUGUCAGUGCAUUCUCCUAACCCUCCCCUUUCUCUGGUAAGAGAAGGUCUUGAGGCCAGCACCCCCCACCCACACUUUAGAUAGGUUAUCCAAAGGAAGAAAAAAGAUCAGUCUAUGAGUCCAAUGUUGCUUCCUCCUGCUCCUCCUCUGCUCUGACUUAGCCCUUGCACCUCUCUCUCAAAUGCGCGCGCGCGCACACACACACACACACACACACACACACACACACACACACACACACAGUGCCUAGCUAAUGACCAGAAUGAACACAUUAAAAUGUAACAUCUUAAAACCUCAUUGUCGUAUUUCAGACUUCCUAGGGAGUCUUCAUACUUGCCUCAGUAAGACUGCUUUGCCACCAGACCUUGAGAAGCCAGGACUCACUCAUGAGACACAUGUGGAGGGAAUCAGAACAGCCUCACAAGACUAAAGGGCUUAAAGGGCCUACCCGGGCCCUGACAAUAACAGCUCAAGUUGCUCCUGUAGAAAGUUCUGACCCAGUCAGUAAGAUUCAGUCACAACACACACACAAAGAAAGACAGACAGACAGACAGACAGAGACAGACAAGCAGGCAGGCAGAGGAGGAACCUUGCAUUCUAGAAAAGGAUGAGAGGCAAGGCAUAUACUGCUGGGAGUAACAUCAGAAAGCCAUGCUUUAGGUGGUUAAGAACAUAGGAAACCCUGUGGCAGCUGUCAUUCUACACCAGUCUCAACAUUAAAACACAGGCUCCUGACACAGUGGAGUGGUAACUGGCAGCAGAAGUUUCUCACAGUGUAGGCCAUGGCCCUGGACAGAACAAGUUAUAAAGGCUCAGGGAGCUUUGCUUCAGAUCACACAGGACUAUGAAGUUUUAGAGGGCUCAGAGCUGCAGCUGGAUCAGCCUCUGAAUGUUCUGGAGGUCUGCUGAAGUUGGGCUACCAUUCUGAAGCAGGCAGGGAAAGAUAUGCUUCGAUCUCCAGCCCUGCUGGGGACCUGCCCCUUUGAUGGACAGAACCAAUGGCUCCAUAAAUGACCAUUUGGCCAUAAUGUUCUCACUUAGAUUCUGUCCCUAAAUAUAUCUCAGCAUUCAAUGACAUCCCUCCAGGAUCCCAACUACAGUAGCACAAAUGCCUUUCAAAAUCUAAAUCAGGCCAGGCAUGCUGAUUUUUAUAACCAUACAUGUCUAGGUCCAUGAUGUAACUCUAGACUGUAGCCAGCUCUUUUAAAUAAUUUCCAACUGGCCUGGAAAUGCAAACAGAGGCCAAAAGUAUAUACAGGUCCCAUGGAAACCACAUUUCUCUCCAAAUGAUUAUUUUCCCAUAGGCUAGGACAUGUUGCUCCCAAAACUUUAACCUUCAAUUGUGACAUUUACAGGUGGAAAAGGGCAAAAGGAAAGGGGGUGGGGGAGUCACUGCAAAUAGAUUCUGAAAGACUGUAUUUAUUGGGUUUUGCUAGCUUUUAUAACAUUGACCCACAGAAUAGCAUUUCCCCUCCACGCUGACUUAGUGAUGCUGAGACACAACAAAGACCCAUUCAAUUAGUGCAUAAUAAAUAGGGACUUCCAAACACUCCCAAAAGAAACCUCAAAACAGCCAGAACAAGCUUCCACCAGACCUUCCCAUCAUUUGGACAAGAUGGUGCUGGAUGAACUUUGGUUGGUGUAGAAUCAACUUUUGAGGCACAGAAUACCGGCACCCAAUUCUUGUUCCUUAAUUCCCCAAGGCUUCUGGGUUGCUUCAUCCAUUCCUAGCAUGCAGUUGCUUCUAUCCCCCAGGAAUCAGAUAUGACAGUCCAUCACUCAAAAAAAUCACUGAGAACUCCAUGAAGCUGAAUAGCCAUUGCCUCCAGGUGAAGAGCUGUGAAAGAGGCACCAAGGAAGCAGGCUGGCUGGGCACCUGGGAUCUGGCACAGGCACUUGGAACGGCUGCUCAGUGGCAGUUAG